AAUAAAGCAAAAUAUAAACAAUAUCCUGCCAAAAACCGAUUAAUAAAUGAAGAGUACAACGUAAAUCACAGCACAGGUUGUUGUAGACAAAUAUGAAAUAUAAAUAACAUUGAUGCUACUUGAACCUAUGGCUAGAAUUGUCGUCUUCAGACAUAAGCAAAUUGGAAUAAUGUUUUCUUACAUAUCUAUAAGGUUUUCUAGUAAAAUACACAAAAUGAAAUGCUGGCUGAUGCGCUGAAACGCUCGCGUCUUUUUUCAUCACAUGCAUACAAAAUUUAGCCAUAGCAAAAGCUCUUCAUUACAAAAUGGCUUGCAUCUUCUAUUUAUAUUCUUAACAAAAUGUCGUUUAGUUUUUAUAUCUGAAGUCGAUCAUUUGUUUUCACUCUUAAAAUGUGUCAUCAUUUGUCGAUUCUUACUGGCACAUCUGAGAUCAAGCUAAGGUUUCUUGGUUUCCAAGCACAAUAGUUCUGUGAGAUGAAGAAUUUUGAACAAGGUAGCGUAUGACGUUUUCAAACAUGCAAAAGAAAGAAAAAGACAGAGAAACUGGACUUGGAUAAGGACCAGAGCAGGGGAACUCUAUGUAACUCAACUAAUGGAAAAGCAAUUAUCCACUUUCACUACUGGCUGAUUAGUCUUAUUGAGAUAUUAACUGAAAUUAUUUCAAAAAGAAUUUUGAUCUAAAUAACAGCUACACGAAUUACUUUGACAAGAAUAAUCUUCAAGAGCAUGCAUUUUGUGAUCUGUUAGAGAUCAUUACAAAUUCUAUUCUCUAAAAUCCCUUCCGUGCAUCAAAACCACAAAAAGCAUAAAUCAAGGAGAAUAAUUGGCAAAAAUCAAAGAAAUAGCUUGUGAUUAACGGAUUUGUUUGUAUUUUUGAUAAAAAGACCGACCUAUACCUAAUCAAGUGAAGGUGUAGUCUAUUAAAAUCUGAAUAACAUCUGCAAAAUGCUCAAUAUUUGACAAAUGGCAAGGCAAAGACACAAGCAAAUGUUUGCUAGCUAUUAGAUUUAGCUGUGGCGUUAGGAGCGCGUUGUGACUUUUUAUCAAUGACGCUCGUCAGUGACGUUCGCCAGUAGUGCUUGUAGCGUAUAAAACUGUUGUGCUGUGGACCAGCGGUGAUCUAUUGUUUUGAUCCGAGAAACAGGACAACCAAUUAGCAGUGAAGAAUCGCGAUUGCAAAAGAAUAGCUUAAUGCUUUGUAGGAUUCCAUUGAUUAAAGGCAAAUAACGAGGCAAGAACAGCGCUUUUGACCUUGACAACUAGCUUGUUGACAGCUGGGCUGUCUGGCGAGAAACGGUUUUUGGCAAGAGGAUCUCGUGGCAGAUGCACAGCUUUCUGUAGAAGGAAGGAAGCACAAUUCAAAGUGGAUGCAUUGAAAACAGAAAGCCUGUGUCAUCUGGAUUUAGAUUGCUUUCUGGUGGAAGAACAAAACAGUUAGUCAAACGAACGGAGCUGAGAAGUCUAAAAAAGGAUUGAAGACCUUUAGUAGCUUGAACUGGAGAGUCAAAAUUGCCUGAAUAUAUCAAUGAUUGAGUAAAAGACUUAUAUUGAAGCAUUGAUUUGUCUGCAAGUAAAGAGAAGUGAUAUAAGAGAUGAGCCACGAAGCCAACAGUGGCUUUAUCAAAUACCGAAACUAUAGUAUUUUGCUUUAUUUGAAGAAUGAAUACUUAGGAAACCAAUAGAAAGUUUACUGUGCAUGAUGAAUGCAAGUGCACAAGAGUUUUGCGUUUUUCUAGAGGUGCUGCGGAUUUCGAGUCCUACAAGGGCAAUAACUGCCUCCGCUAUUGCGACGUCCAUAUUCAAUGCCCUUACGGCGUCAGUGGCAAUUGUAGGGAACAUGUUAAUGCUUUAUGUAUUCUGGAAUUUCAAACGACUACAGACGCCCUCUAAUCUGCUACUAGCCAGUCUAUGCGUGACUGAUUUCAUAACUGGCGCAAUUGUUCAACCGUUAACAAUCACAAGGAGAUUGCUUGAGGCCAACGGGGCGCAUAACUGCCAAAUACGUGCGGUUUGUGCCUACAACGCGUUCCUCUGCAUCGGAGUUUCGAUACAAAGUAUAGCUGUGGUGAGUAUCGACAGGUGCGUUGCAAUAAAAAUGCCAUUCCGCUACGCUAAUAUCGCAAGCGUGACGCGGUACUUUUGGAUUGUUAUUGUUUAUUGGAUACUUUGGGCGGUGUUCAUUUCAAUGCCGUUUACUAACAUUCUUGAUGCCUCGCAGUUCUUCAUUGGCAUUGCAGUGCUUAUCUGCAUCGACAUAGCAGUCGUUCUUCUCUGCUACGGCCAGAUCUUUGCGGUUGUGUUGAGCCACCGUAAACGUAUUCACCAACAGACGCCACGGCAGAAUCAUUUAGGAAAGGGCGUUGACAACAGAGAAAACAACACAAAUACCAUUGCCAUUGUCAUCCUUGUAAUGCUAAUAUGCUAUUUACCGUUGCUGCCGCUAUUAGCGUUUCGCGGAAUAGCUGGGGAUAAAGUCAACGUCGUUUAUGUUCUAGAUGCAUGGGCAGAUGUGUUCGUAUAUGCUUGCAGCUCUGUGAACCCCCUGAUUUACUGGUAUAGAAGCAAGGAGAUCAAAAAUGCUGUACACACUGUUUUGAAGAGAUGGAAACUGCUUAAAUCGUCAAAUCACUCCGAAACAUCAAGAAGAACAAGACGCGAAGAAAUUCCAUUCUCGAUUUCGUACAAAAAGAGCGACCAGCGACAUGUGUGCGAACAUGGAAAUGGAAGAAUUUGAAAGAAUCACCCACUGCAAAUGAGAGGUUGAUAGGAUAUAAGGGAAAUUUUGACAAAAGCUUGAUAGAUAAAUUCAUACAAGGAACGGGAAGAUAUUUUCACCCGUGAUUUAGAAGAAACUGGCUCUUUAAUGCGAAAGUUGCUGAUCUUAAAGUCUUUUUGAGUCUGAAAGUAUCAAUUACUCAGGUCUUUUGUUAAAAAAGUGACUCGGAAUAAUAACGUCAGCCAACUUCUAAGAACUGGCACACACCUGUCUUCGGAGCAAAUGGAAGUAUUGUGCGGGUGUUGUUGGAUUGGCAAUUGCGUAAUUGAUGUUGUCACUGUCAACUGCGUCUUCUUUACUGUCGGACAGCUAGAAAGAAAAAAACACAAUGAUGAUGCACGGAUCAAAUGUUUUUCGAUAACAUGAACGAAUAUGUGGCGUUUACAUUUCAUUGUAGCAGUUUUUUGAUGCUUGGUAUCAUAACUAGGUUUAGGCUAAAAAACAUUAAGUUGCAUAAAAUCUUGGUAAAUGAAUACAAAAAAAUCAAUAGAACUAUGUUUAAUGAAAAUUAAGAAUUAUUGAAAAGCUAAAAAAGAUAAUAAACAAUAAGAAUAAAUAAUACGAUAGGGACUUCCUGCUACUUUUCAAAAUUAAUAAGAAAAAUAUAAAAGUUCGCUGCUUUAUAAUAAUUUAAAUUUGAUUUAUUCGUGCUGAUGGGGCCAUAUAUCUAUUGAUCUACAAUCUUACACAAAAAUUGUGAUUCUUCUUGGCCCUCCCAAACCAAAAUAUUACCAACAUUUGUCAACGUUUAAAAGCAAGAGAAAUUCAUGGAAAUAUAUCGAAAUGAUUAGCUGCCUUUUUAAGUAGUUUUGAUUAAAAAUUCUUUUCUCAUCCUCCCCCUUCCAUCCACCCCCUUCCAUCUCCUCCCUUUUACCGUCCCCCUUCCAUUCUCCCUCUACCGCCAUUCCCCCCAAUCCUUUCACAUCCCCCCAAUCCAUGUAUUUAGUAAAGACCAUAAUUAAAGAAUCGCUUUACAGCUAAUUCAGCAAUGAAUAACCAGAUUGCGAUCGAAGAAAGACGGUCAAACUCAACUGAUUGUGUGAUAUAAUUGUAACAUAUACUAAGACGUUGAAACAUUCCUUACUUGAAGAAAUCUUUCUAAACGACACGACGAGUGCUCAGGUCCUGCACCAUCGUAACCAUGAGGGAGGAGCAUUACCAUUCCACUUUGUAAA